GCUUGUUUUCGAUCAAUUUUAGGCCCUCUAUUGGUGCUUCGUAUACAGAGCUUUAUUUAGCACAGAAUGGUAAUCUCAAUGCCGAUCCGACUCGUGGUCAGGGGGUAAAAGAUAAAAAGGCAGCUGGGAAUGCCUUUGGUUGCUUCUAUGCAUUCCCGAUAUAUACCAGUUGUAAGGCUGGUGUGGUGAAGAAAACAUCGGCAAUCUCACGCACCUGCGCCUUAUCUUUCACACACAUCCAACAUGAGGACGACGACAAUAGCAUCCUCCCUCGCCGCCCUGGCUUCGAUGGUCAGGGCAGCAGACCCCGUGUGGCCCCAGGACUCGGACUUUUUCGAAGACCUCCUGGCCAUGCAGAGCGGCUACCGGCGCUUCGGCUUCACGGACCUCGUCGUCCCUUGCGGCCACAAUGCGAACGUUCCCGGCAAGCAAGUCGCCGCCGAGUGGGUAAGAACCGCGUUCCACGACGUCGCGACCCAUGACAAGGCCGCCGGCACCGGCGGUAUCGACGCCAGCAUCUUUUACGAGGUCGCCAGGUCUGAGAACGCCGGCGCGGCUUUCAACUCGACGUUUGGAGACCUUGCCGAGUUCCACUCCGCCCACGCCAGCGCUGCGGAUCUCGUGGCGCUUGGAGUCGUGGCCGCGACGGCCUCGUGCGGUGGCCAGACCAUUCCCUUCCGCGCCGGACGUGUCGAUGCUACCGAAGCAGGACCCGCUGGCGUGCCCGAACAAGACCACGACCUCCAGAGGCUCCAGGACGCCUUCACCCGCAUGGGCUUCUCCAACGAGGACAUGAUCACCCUGACCGCAUGCGGGCACACCAUCGGCAGCGUCCACGGCGACACGAACCCGGACCUCGUCGCGGGAGUCGGCCUUGACCCGCACGCACCCGCCAGCAUAGCAACCUUUGACAGCACGCCCGGACAGUUCGACACGGUGGUCGUGAACGAGUACCUCGAGAGCGACGGCAAGAACCCGCUCGUCUUUGGCACCAACCAGACGACCAACUCGGACGGGCGCGUCUUUGCCUCGGACGGCAACGUCACCAUGCGCGCCCUCGCGGACCCCAAGACCUUCCAGGAGCGGUGCGCCGACGCCUUUGGCCGCAUGAUCGACACGGUCCCCGCCGGCGUGCAGCUCGGCGAGCCCGUGCGCCUCUACGACGUCAAGCCGUACAUUGAACGCCUGGAGCCGGUGGCCGGCGGCAAGGUCGCGCUCGAGGGCAGCGUGCGCGUGCGCACCACCGCCGUCACGGGCCGCGACUCGCAGGGCAUCGACAUUGCGCUCAACCUGCUGGGCGGAGGCAACGCGACCACCAGGGUCGAGGCCACGAGGGCGCGGCUCAAGGGCGGAGACUCGUUUGGCUUCCUGCAGGAGACGUUUUCAUGGUGGGAGUUUUCCACGCAGAUCGACGCACCGGCUGCUGCCAUGGAAGGCUUCACCAUCGAGAUGAAGACCACCGCCACGGGACAGGUUCAGAAGCUGGACAACUCUGGCGCGGGCAGGUAUCCGCUCAGCGACGAGCUCAUGUACGUGGGUGCGCAGUCGUGCCUCGUGGUCGAGCCGGACGCCAACAACAACUUCCCCGUGACGGUGCGGGCCGCGGUGCGGGAGGAGCUGGCGGCGCAGGGCGCGGUGCCGGUCCUCGAGGUUGGGCACAAGGUGCACACGCAGGGUGUGGCGAUCCCCAAGAUCGACGUCAGGAAGACGCCCAUGGUCAAGGUGGAGGGGCAGGCGCAGGGAGGCUACGUGCUGUUCGAGGCCAAGGACGCCUUGGAGCAGCAGGGUUGGUCCACCACCUUUGACCUCUCACUGGAGAAGCCUUCGGGCGGCAAGGUUGUUGUGCUGUCGCGCAAGACCAAUUCUCUGUCAAAUAGCUGUCCAAACUAGAUUAUAAUGUCUCUAAUUUAAUGUUGCACACGUUCUUCUGAG